AUGAGGAGUAGUGUGUUGACUUGCGUAUCUGCUAAGAACAAACUAGGGCUUAUUGAUGGUAGGAACAACAAACCAAUAGAUGACUCUCCAUACUUUCCCUAUUGGGAAAGAUAUAAUGACAUGGUGAAAGCUUGGAUAACCCACUCUGUCUCUGGGGAAAUAGCCACUAAUGUAGAAUGUAUGAAAACUGCUAAAGAAGUUUUGGAGGAUAUCAACCAAAGAUUUAGAAACUCUAAUGGUUCUAACUAUAUUCAUAUUCAAAGGAAAAUUGCCUCCACAAGUCAGGGCUCCUCUAGUAUAGCCACUUACAUCACCAAUCUUAGAAACUUGUGGGAUGAACUUAAUUGUGCAUAUUUUGGGCCAGUAUGCACAUGUGGUGCUUUGUCCAAGUUCAGAGAGGACCAACAAAUUUUUCAAUUUCUAAAUGGUCUGAAUGAUUCUUUCUCCAAUGUCAAGAGCAACAUCUUGUUGAUGAAUCCACUUCCUUCCAUAAGUAAGUCAUAUUCCCUCUUACAGCAAGAUAAGAGUCAAAGAGAAAUCCCUUCCUCUAACCGAAGUUUUUCAAGUGACUCCGCUACUUUCCUAAGUUCUGGACCCUACAACAAUCUUAACAAAUUCACUAAAAAUGUGAAUUUUGAACCAAGAAGGGGUGUAGGAUGUUACACCUUGGGAAUUUCGUGA